AUGCCUCUUGAACCACCUACCAAGUACCUUUUUACGCACGAUCCCGUGACUUUGAAUGGUUCAGUUCCUGAGAAACGAAAAUCAUCGGGGAGACCCCGGCCCCUUCCUGUUUCAUUAAAGGCCGGAUAUCCUCGAUCGUGUCCGGGUCGACCACCCUCGCGAACGUCAUCGAUCGGUAGCUCUUGUUCAGGCGCAUCCUAUCCACCAAGAGCUGGCAAAAGAAAGCGCGUCAUCAUACCAGUUUCAUCACUGGAUUUGAUAAGUCAGCUGAAUGAAGAAGUAGAAGAUGUUUCACUGGAGCCGUUCGUACCUCAUUUCAGUGUCGGAAAGCCCCAGCUACACAACGGCUCAAAUAGCUCUUUCCAUGUCGAAACUAGCUCUCAUAUGAAUGCUGAGCAUCAAGUCCAGCCGACCCGUGUGUAUGAAGCGCACACUAUCUCAGACUCCAACCAUGACUCCCAAAGCUUCUUGCCGUCAAAAUCUCUAUGUGCGACCAGUGAGGACCACGUAUAUGCUGAAGUUAUUCACUGGCUCAAUGAUAUUCCAGAACCUCUCGGCUCAACAAGUCCUAUUUUCAAUGGGAUCGACUGGCCAUAG